UCAGAAUGUUUGUAUUGCACCUAAACUCUUCCAACAUUUGUUAAGGACUUUGUGGAUGAACUGAACAUCUAACAAUACAUAUUAAAACAUAUAUAUUUGUGGGAAUUUUGCAUGAAGAUAAUAAAAAUAGGAUACUUUAAUUCAAUACUGCAUAUAUUAUACUUAAUUCUACCACAACUCCAUUGUUGAGUAGAUCCUGUUGAUGAAUUUUAUUUUGUUUCGAGAAAACCACAAAAUUAUCAGUAAAAGUAUAUAUAAGCUAUGUUGGGGUUCAAUUACUUUACUUUUUGAAGGGACCAAAUACACGAGAUACAUGAUGCAAAUGAUUCCAAUGGCUGGUGUUGGUCUGGUAUUACUAUGCCUGAGUUUUAUACCCCAGUACGCUGUGGGGAUAAGCUACACUAAACUUAUUCAAACAUACGGUGAAAAUGAAAACUUAUGGUACAAACUACUUUCCACAGGAACAAAAACAAUACCAAAUUUGGGGCGAGGGGGAAUUGAUUUAGAUCUUCCACCAAACUUCUUUGAUCAAACCUGUAAGGAUGUUGGAAAGGGGGAAUUAUGUGAGCCAGCGCAAACACGGACAGAUCUGUGCUUCAUAGUACAGCUCUCCUGUAGUAAAGAUAAGAAAGACACACUGUUGAAGAAAAUCCAUCAAGACAUCAACAAGAUAAUUGCUGGGGUGGGAAAACAGAGUCUAUAUACAAUAGUCACCUACAGUAAAUCAGCCAAACAAUUUGUACCCUGGACAGAUACCACGAAAACAUUAUCUAAGAAAUUCAAAGGAGGGAAGAAAUGUGAUGACUGUGAAGCGCGACUACCUUUAGCUCUUGAUAUGUGUAAGAAACAGUGGAAAGCCCUGAAUGGUGAUGAUCCGACCAGAGAGGUGGUACCUGAUGUACUGGUAACAUACACUGAUGGCAUAAGCUUCAGUAACAAGUAUGACUUGGGCUAUCAAAAUGACACUGUUAUGAAGAACAUUCUCAAUGUUAGGAAGUGUGAAAAUACUGCUGGGCGUCCAUUCAAAAUACCAGAUUAUAAUGAGGAUUUGCGUCAAUCAGAUGAAUGGGAGACAUUAAAUUUCACUAACAUCAAUGAAGUUGAUGGUCUUCCUCAAGGUAAAAUAGUUAUAAAAGAGCUAACCUCAACAAGUCCACAAGCAAUGACUGUACCAAGUGUGGAAGGAUUGGUCAAAGAAAAAGAUGAAAUCAUAAAAUGCCAGAGUUGUUGCAAUGCAGACAUUGUGCUGAUAAUUGACCGCUCAAAUAGUAUCCGCCCAGAUAACAUCAAACUGGCUUUAAAAUUCUACCGAGAAUUUAUCGCUAGACAAGAACGUAUAUUGAAUCCAGGACUAAGUCGUAACGAACCUGGGCUCAGGUUUGCUAUCCUCAGCUAUAACUGCAAGGUGACUGUCCAUUGCUACCUUGGGGAGAAAGAUUACAAUGGUACAGUGAGAUGUGUGGAGGAUAUCCCUGCUACCACAGAUGCAUACACUAACACUGUAGGUGCAUUGAAAGAGGCCAAGAACCAAUUCGAUAGGUUUGGCAGGAACAACGAUUCUGAAGUACGUCAAAUUGUUAUAUUGGCUACAGAUGGUAGGACGUGGAAUUGUUAUAAAAGGGACGUCGCUGAUCCUGCAGCCACUAUUGCAGCAGCAAAGACUCUUAAAGAUGAAGGAAAAGAAAUCUAUGUGCUUGGAUUGCCAAACCAUCAGAACAGAACAGAUGGGUAUGAAAGAGAGUGGCGACACAUAGCAAGUGAAUCCACACCUUGUCACAUCAUUGACUUCACUGAUGGCGGUGGUACCUUCGAAAAUUUGGGCAUUGCUGGAGCCCAUUUAACAAAGGAAAUAUGUGCACAAGGAGCUGACCAUGAGUGUCCCUUUGAAGUAGAGGAAGACAAUGAUAUGAAUCCCUAGAUGCCAAAACAAGAAUAUGAUGAUGU